AUGAUAAAUUAUUUCUUUGAUUUAGCCUGUUCAGAGUUUGAAUUAGACGCUAUGAAAAUUCAAAUUGAGUAAAAUGAAAAAUUAAUUGAUAUCAUCCUUUUCGAUGAGGAUAUCGAAAAUUGUAACAAACAACUGAAAGACUGUCUAAAUUUGAAAUAUGAUAUUUUACAGAAUAUUGGAAAGGAUUAUAUUAACUUAAAAGAUUUAGAAAAAUAAUUACAAAUAUUACUUCAUAAAAGAGUGAAUUUGCGAAGAGAACUUAUUAGAUUAUAAAAAAUCCACUCUUUGAGCUCAGAUUUAAUUAGUUUGUGUGAAGGUUUCGAAGAAUGUCUAACUAUUGAUUAAGACUUAACAAAAUUAAUGUAAAUGCAAAAGAGUAAUAGGUUUGGUGUGAAGAAUUAUCUUUUAAACUACUCUGAUGAUUCAGCUGCUAUAUAUAUAUCUUUGUUAAAUGAAAUAGGUAAAAUUUUAAAAGUAUCUAAAAAUUUCAAAGACAUAGUCCCUUUGGUCACAAUAAAUUAAGAAGCAAUUGGGAAAAACGUUAAGUUUUUAUUGCCUAACGAAAUUGCGUAGGUACAUGAUGAAAUUCUUUACAAAAGCAUGAUAUUAAGAAAACAGAUAAAUUACAAUGUAAAGGAUUAUCCUCUUCUAUUAGGAAAAGACAGAGAUGGAUGGGCUAUAGCUUAUAAUUUAAAAAUUUAAACUUUUAUACUGAAUAAUAAUGAAUUAGGUUGUUGCGGUUUACUAAAAUAAAUUAAGGGUGAUAAUAUGUACUUAAUGUGUCUAAAAAAAGAGAACAAUAGAAUAGCUAUUUAAGAUAAAAAAUUUUAUAGAUACAUUCUGAAUAAAUAUUUUUCUCAGUCUGAAGCCAAAUAAGUUUUUAUUUCUAGCAUUAUUCCUAUUUUUAAAAUGCUACAAGUAAAAGGAAUUUAAGGAUAGCAAUAUGAAACUCUACUUUUUUAACCUUAAAAUAUUGAAGAAGCAACUUUAGAUUUGAGUACUGCCAAUCAAUAAUUUAUUUAAAUGGUAAGCAAAAGAAAGAUCUAUUUAAUAAAAUUCUCUUUCUACUAAAUUGAAAAUGAAAUAAUUUAGCUUACUCAGCUGCAAGUAAGUUAAAUAAAACCUCUUCUGGAUAUCAAUUCAAAAAAAGAUGCACUUCGCAAUUUCAAAAUUUAGUUGCAUCAGUAUGCAAACGAGGAUUCAGUAAAAAAUUUGAGUGAACUAAAUGAUUAUUUGAAUUCUAUUAUAGAAAAAACAGACUGUGAGGAUAUUUAAUAAAACUUAAAUACAUAGAUUGAAAGUGAAGAGAGAUCCAAUUUACUUGAUAAUACUUAAAGAUUCAACAACGAGACUGAAUAAUACUAAAAAUCAGAAGAUAAUUUUAUAUUUAUAGACUCAAGUAAUAAAAUUGCCAUAAAUGAAGAUAAGCUCCUUUCAAAACCUAUAGAUACCUUAGGAUAGAUCUAGGAAGAAACUGAGUAAAAUUCCCUUUGCUCUCCAGAGCUUGAUAAAAGAAAGGUUAAGAUUAAAUAGAUCAAUCUAAUAAAAAAUGAAUAAUUAAUUCAAUUAAGUAGAAAGCCAAAUUUAUUUGAUUUUUAGCAUCCGAAUAAUAAAAUUUACAGUUCUACUUAUUAGAAUUAAUAACAACAAGUAUAAUCUAUUGGAAGCUUAGGCACUUUGGCAACUUAAAAAUAUUUAAGUACAAAUAAUAUAUAGAAUCAAGUUUUUUCUUCAGAAAUUAAUUCUCCACAAAACCUUUUGAGCUAAGAAAGUAAUCACAAUUAAAAUAUUUUAAGUUCAGACUCAAUGCACUUUUCGCCUAAGUCUUCUCAAAGAAAAAUGUUAAUACAGUCAAACGAGCAAAACAAAUACAAUCAAUUCAAAAUUGAUAAAAAUGUUCAUCAAAAUCAACUAAAUACUAUUGAAGAUGAAGUUAAUCAAAAAUAUACUACUAGAAAAAGAGAAUCGACACAAUCGACUAAUUAUUAUGAAAUAAAAAAUUAAAUGACAAGAAAUAGAAAUACUUCAACAAUUAAAAAUAGAAAAACUUCGGAAAUCAAAAGUAACAUUAAAAGUGGGAACUAAAAGUAAGAAGGCUAUUCAAAUAAUAUAAGAACACCAUAGAAUGAUGGGAAUGCUGAUGAUUUCAAAGAUGAGGGCAGUGUAAAAUCAUCAAAAUCCUAAAGAUCUUAGUCAAACACGAUCAGAAAAAAAGGGGAUUCAAAAUGUUUGAAAUUAAUAAACAUUCUUGGUAUUUUAUCUAUUAUAAUAAUCUGUUGCUUAAAUAUAACAAUUUUUGAGCUAUAAUUGAAUUUUCAAUACAUUUAAAAAAUUAACUUCGAGCAAAUUAACUGGACUUUUUCCUUAAAGAGAUUUAUAAAUAUCUUUUUUGGGAACAAUUUUUUAAUUUUAGGAUUAAAAUCUAAUUUCUAUUAAAUAAAAGACUAGAAUAUUUUUAAAAAGCUUGGAAAAUUAAUAUUGGGAGCUAACGCCUACAUGUAUUAAGGGUAUUAAAAUCAAACCUAAUAACUUAUUUAAGGUAACCUUGAUGACAUAUACGUAUUUUAAGAAAUAAAUAAUUACAGUACAGAGCUAUCUAUAGCAAGCACAACAAACUCAACACAAAUUACAAAUUAUACUUCUCAUCUUACUUUUAAGAUAGCUUUUUUUCAAACUAUUGGAUAUUAUGUAGCAAGUUUAUUGGAUACUAAUUAAUACAAUACUUAAGUUGGUUUGCAAAACUUUAUGAGUAUAAAUAGCUCCCUUGAUGAGAUAUAUGAAAACAACCAAAAUUACUAGCUUGAUAAAAUUGACAAUAUAAAAAGUUUUAUUUUUGGCCAGCUCAUAGUGAUUUCAGUUGUCACAGGAAUUUUUUCUUGUUUAAGUAUCCCUAUUUAUAUGUUUAACAUGAAGAAAAAAGAAGAUAUUUUGAAAUUAUUUGCAACUAUAUCACCUGAUAAAAUCUUGUAAAUGAUGAUGCAAAUUAAUAGAUAUCUAGAAAUGGUGGAAAACAUGGAAUCAAAAAAACAUAGAUCGAGGAAUAUAAGUCAUUAACCUUCAUAAUCUUAACUUAAAUAAAAGAAUUCUGAGCCUUAAAAUAUACAAAACUCACACAUAUCAGUUGAUAGAGAUAAUUUAUUUUUUUCAUCUAAUUAAAUUAUUUUUAAAAAACCUCUCGAAAAUAUGAAAAAGAAAAAUAUAAGUUCUACAAGCUCUAUUAAAAAGUUUAGCUUUAAAUUAGUAAUAGGGAUAGUGAUUUGUUUCUGCUUUACAUUAUUCUAUCCUGUAGCUAAUUAUGUUUCUAGCUUACAAAACAUAGACACCUAUCAGAUGAACAUCUACUUUUUAAAUGCAUUUGAUUAUUUGAUUGAUAACUUAACUUCCCUUUUUUGCUUAAAAUAUUCCCAUACUUACCUUUUGAUAGCUACUAAAGGGAAAUAUCCUUAGCUCCCAUUUUAUUCAAAUACCAUUAAAUCUUAACUUUCAAAAACUUAGUCUUACCUUGAUAGAGUUAUGGAUAAUUUCUAAAAAUAUGAAGAUUAUAAUGGUUACAUGCAGAGCUAUUAUGAUAGUUUAAUGAUACCUUUAGUUAAAUCAGAUAUUUGCAAAACUUUGAAUGGUACUAAUCCUGUUUAUUUUAGAGAAAUUAGCUUUGAUUAUGAUAAUUGUGUUAGUUGUCUAAAUGGGAUUUUUUAAUAGGGUUUGGUUGUUAUGCAAUUUUUGGAUGGAGAAAUUUCUAUAAUACUUUGA